GCUUGCGGCUGCGUCGAGUUCGCCAGGGAUCGACUUCAAUUCUGUGCAGGACGGCGUAGCUAUUCCCAUUUGUUCACUGUUCUCUGGCAACUGUCGACUCUGCCUGCCCUAGACUUCCCAAAAUGACUCGAAUCAGCGAAUGGCGCAGGCUGCCCAUCUCCCUGAACGAACUGUGCCUCGCAACCACCCUGCGCUGCGGGCAGUCCUUCCGCUGGCGCCAGUGCGACGACCAGACCUGGGCAUGUACCCUUCGCGGUCGCAUUGUGCAAUUGUCUCAGCCCGACAAAUCGCACAUCCAGUACCGCUCGAUAUGGCCUGCAUCUGCGACCACCGGCUCGGCUUUCGAAGCGCCUCUGACACCUCCCUCGUCCAUCCCACCGAGUGCAGUUCCAGACGAGGACUGCGACGACAACGACGACACCAGAUCCCUGAUCCAGCACUACCUCAACCUGGAGCCGAAUCUUGAAACCCUCUACGCCCAAUGGUCGGCGUCGGACGCCAACUUUCGCAAGAAGGCGCCCAAGUUUACAGGAGUGAGGAUCUUGCGGCAGGACGCUUGGGAAGCGUUGAUCGGCUUCAUUUGCAGCAGCAAUAACAAUAUCAUACGCAUCUCGCAGAUGGUGGACAAGCUGUGCACGCACUACGGGACAUACAUUGGCACUCUGGAGGGUCGACCGUACCAUGACUUUCCGGAGCCGUCAGCACUGACGGGCAAGAAUGUCGAGAGCCACCUCAGAGAGCUGGGAUUUGGCUAUCGCGCAAAAUACAUCUAUCAGACUGCCAGAAUCAUUGCCGAGGAUCGAGAAGCUGGCUGGAUAGAUACCCUUCGGAACCCGGAGUCUCCUGCGUACGGCACCACCAAGCCGUCCCCCGCCGGCGAAAUGAAGCCUGAAGGCCGCGACGGCUAUCGCCAGGCACAUGAGCAACUCCUCGAGUUGCAAGGCGUGGGACCUAAAGUGGCGGAUUGUGUGUGUUUGAUGGGGUUGGGUUGGGGAGAAGCAGUGCCGGUCGACACACACGUAUGGCAGAUUGCGCAACGAGACUACAAGCUGGGGAAGGGGAAAAAUAGCAGUAUGACCAAGGGGACAUACGACGCGGUCGCGAACCAUUUCCGGAGGAUAUGGGGGAAGGAGGCUGGGUGGGCGCACAGUGUGUUGUUCACGGCGGACUUGAGGACGUUUGCCGAGAGACUCACAACACGAGUGGAAGUCAAAGUCGAGAAAGGGGAAGGAGAGAAAGGAGAGCAAGGAGAUGAUGAGGAGCAGAAGGUUGUAAAGAAAAAGACUGCGCAACGGGUAUCCCUUAAGCGGAACCCUGAGGAGGAGGAUGAGUCCAAGACCGUGGUGCACAUUGAAGAAGAGAUAACGACGACUUCCAGCGAAAGGGUCAAGCGGCGACGACGUAAAUGAUGGAGCUGCUUGUCCGUGGUGUUGCUAGCAUCCAGGGUAUCGGACUCUCGAAACACGGGUGUUGAUCACGGAUCACUCAAUGGGGACCGUCACCACCAUUCAGUGUUUCAGUAUCACGUGUGUUCGUGUCUCCUCUUUCUCGUGGGGGGCUUGACGUGUGUCAGACAGUAGCACCUCGUAUGUAGGAAAAGCAGCAGAGCAACAUUGGCUGGUGCUACGGAAUACGUGCUGGCCGUCGACUCGUCGAAGUCCGAAGGGCUCGAAGCAUGGGGUUCCCUGACCGAUG